UGCCGGAGGCGGCGGAUGCGGGGCCUGGAUCGCCGACCCCAGCCGGACGAGGAGGAAGAGGAGGAGGAGGAGGAGGAGCUGCCCCCGCCGCCACCGCCUCAGGUGCACAGGGGGCCCCGCGACCGUCCACCCCGGAUUUACAGAUGGAUUCAGCAGAGAAGACACCCAGUAGAAGUGAGCAGAAAUCCAGGAAGUUUUUAAAAAGUCUAAUAAGGAAGCAGCCCCAUGACCUCCUGCUGGUCAUUGGGACGGGCGUCAGUGCCGCGGUGGCCCCGGGCAUCCGGGCCCUCUGCUCCUGGAGGAGCUGCAUCGAAGCAGUCCUGGAAGCGGCCGAGCAGCUGGAGGUCCUGCAUCCGGGAGAUGUCGCGGAAUUCCGGAAGAAAGUGAUGAAAGACCGAGACCUGCUUGUGGUCGCUCACGAUCUGAUCCGAAAGAUGUCGCCGCGCACGGGGGACACCAAGCCCAACUUCUUCCAGGACUGUCUAAUGGAAGUCUUUGACGACCUGGAGCAGCACAUCCAGAACCCGACGGUGCUGCAGUCCAUCCUCAGCCUGAUGGAGCGGGGAACCAUGGUCCUCACCACCAACUAUGACAACCUGCUGGAGAUCUUCGGCCAGCAGCAGAACAAGCCAAUGGAAUCCUUAGAUUUGAAAGAUAAGACCAAGGUUCUGCAGUGGGCCAGAGGGCACAUGAAGUACGGAGUCCUUCACAUUCACGGCUUAUACACGGAUCCCUGUGGCAUGGUCUUGGACCCUUCAGGAUAUAAAGACGUGACCCAGGACCCAGAAGUAAUGGAAGUUCUGCAGAACCUGUACCGCACUAAGUCCUUUCUGUUUGUGGGCUGCGGCGAGACGCUGAGGGACCAGAUAUUCCAGGCCCUUUUCCUGUACUCUGUGCAGGACAAGGUAGAUUUGGAGCACUUCAUGGUGGUGCUCAAGGAGAACGAGGACCAUUUCUUCAAACACCAGGCUGACAUGCUUCUGCAUGGCAUCAAAGUUGUCUCCUACGGGGAUUGCUUUGACUACUUUCCAGACUAUGUGCGAGACCUUGCUGCCCAGAUCUGCAAGCAGCGCAGCCCAGAUGCUGAUCGAGUGGACAGUACAACACUAUUAGGAAACGCCUGCCAGGACUGUGCCAAGAGGAAGCUGGGAGAGUACGGCCUGGAUGUUCCCAAAAGAACCCGGCAGUCAGAUCCAGAUGACUCUGGAGGGUCCUGAGAUCCCACAGACCCCCGAGACCUGCACCUGGAAACCAGCCUCUAAGCAGCCAGUGCUGGCCCCAGGACCCCCACUCAGACACUGACACCUGAGGGAAGCCCCUGGAGAGCCCGGAGGGGUGGGGCGGGGUGGGGCCUCUGUGCACAGAACCACUCGGGAUUGACAUCUUUACAUUUCAGGUAUACUUGGAAAGGACCCACAGACAACUACCUCAGGGAUAAAGUCCAAAGCUGGCCUCCCUGUUUGUGAAGACCCUUUUUAAAGGGGGGUGGGGGGAGAUGGAAGACCUGCCUUGUGACCCCACCCCCACAGUGCCAAGGAAUGAGGAAACUAGAGACCCUCGCCUUGGGGGAGACCCCUGUGGCCCAGACAUCUCAGACAGAAAAGCUGUUUAUUUUGUGAACUAGAAAGGGAAGGGCUUCAGGGGCUGCGGUGAGGCAGGGCGGAGGGGCUUCCUGGGGGGGGGACCCUCGGGAUGUCACAUUCCUUUGUACCCCUAGACUUGGCCCAGAUGUUUCUCUCUGGGAUAGUGGUGCCGAGUCCUCGGGGCCUGGGCUCAAGUAGGCAGAACUUUGCCACGGUCCCAUGCCACUCUGAACUGGGCAGGCCUCGACUGGCGUCGGGAAGUGCCCUGCCCUUGACUAGAGGGCACGUGGGCCAGGAGCCAUCCACACUAGCCUCUGCCUGCCCCUGCCCCUGCCCCUCACUGGGAGAUGGGAUGGGAGCAGCGAUGUCCGCCGGCUAGGGAGCCAGGAAAUGGAAGCCAGUUGAUUUCUUCUUUGGAGGCGUGGCCCUCUUUCAUGUCUCUGGUCAGUCAAAUAAAGCCUGAACGAGCUUGC